CUUCCCCGCUGCCUGCGGGGCCGGGGGCAGAGCAAGAGAAGAUGACAUCUCAGCUCCUCUGAACCAGCAGUGCCCAGGGAUCUGCAGAGCCAUGGAGCUGGAAUACGAGCUGCCCAACACCACCGCCUUCUGGUUCUCCCCAGCUUCCCCCUUCGACAACUUCUCGGUGGAGGUGCCCACCAACGCCUCGCAGAACGUCACGGGCCAGCACUUCGACCUGACCAGCAACGCCAUCCUCACCUUCAUCUACUUCGUGGUCUGCAUCAUAGGGCUGUGCGGCAACACGCUGGUGAUCUACGUCAUCCUUCGUUAUGCCAAGAUGAAGACCAUCACCAACAUCUACAUCCUCAACCUGGCCAUCGCAGACGAGCUGUUCAUGCUUGGCCUGCCCUUCCUGGCCAUGCAGGUUGCCCUGGUCCACUGGCCCUUUGGCAAAGCCAUCUGCAGAAUUGUAAUGACGGUCGACGGGAUCAACCAGUUCACCAGUAUCUUCUGCCUGACAGUUAUGAGCAUUGACCGGUACCUGGCUGUCGUCCAUCCCAUUAAAUCUGCCAAAUGGAGGCGACCCAGGACAGCCAAAAUGAUCAAUGUGGCCGUUUGGGGUGUCUCCCUGUUGGUGAUCAUGCCCAUCAUGAUUUAUGCUGGGGUGCAGCAUAACCACGGCAGGAGUAGCUGCACCAUCAUCUGGCCAGGAGAAUCGGGUGCUUGGUACACAGGCUUCAUCAUCUAUGCCUUCAUCUUGGGCUUCCUGGUGCCUCUCACCAUUAUCUGUCUUUGCUACUUGUUCAUCAUUAUCAAAGUCAAGUCUUCAGGCAUCAGAGUGGGCUCCUCCAAGAGGAAAAAGUCUGAGAAGAAAGUCACCAGGAUGGUCUCCAUUGUGGUUGCUGUCUUCAUCUUCUGCUGGCUCCCCUUCUACAUCUUCAAUGUCUCCUCAGUCUCUGUCCUGAUUGUGCCCACACCUGUCCUCAAGGGCAUGUUCGACUUCGUGGUGGUCCUCAGUUAUGCAAACAGCUGUGCCAACCCCAUCCUUUAUGCCUUUUUGUCUGACAACUUCAAGAAGAGCUUCCAGAACGUCCUCUGCCUGGUGAAGGUCAGUGGCAUGGAUGAGGCAGACCGAAGUGACAGCAAGCAGGACAAAUCCAGGCUCAACGAGACCACAGAAACCCAAAGGACCUUGCUCAAUGGUGACCUGCAGACGAGCAUCUGAGCGUUCAGUGGGGUUGUCCUUCCUCUGCUCUCCUCUCCCCACCUGCUUCCAACUGGCAGUGGCACACAUGGAAUAGGGGCAGGAGUGCCAGCUUAGGGAACAGCAGUGCACACAUAGAUGGGUGACAGGAGUCCUCGUCUGGGCUCCUCCUGAGCUGCUGGUGGGUUGAUUUUCAAGUGCUGGCAAGGAUAAUGGAUCAAGAGGAGCUGCCUCGCCAGGAAAACAAAGACAACUUGUAGCAACGCAGCACGUUUCAACACCAAAGUGCCACCAUGGGCCACAGCCAUCACCAGGGUGGCUCUGCUGGCUUCCCUAGUGUUACCCUCGGGGCCCAUUUGCUUUGGGUGCUCUGCCCAGAAUGGGUGCUUUCACAUGGACACAAACACACUUCAGGAGGAGCCGAGGCCAUGGAUGUGUGCCAGCGUGUGUGCCACUGUGGAGAUGCACCAUCUCAUAGCCAAGACCUGGUGGGAACUCCCUGCAGAGCCCACGCAUGCUCCUGCAGUCGCCCCCUCCCCGAGGAGACAAGGAUAUUGAGGGCUGCAUUUCGCCUGGCUUAUAAAUGACUCCAAUCCCUCCCCUGCCCCAAGCCAUCCUGCUGCUGUUUGACUGCAGCAUCCCCAAGGGCCACCCUGCCCAGAGGUGACACACCAGAACCAGGGCUCUGCCAGCCCGGCAGCCCCUCUGCUCUCACCACACUUCUCCUGUGCCUCCUGCAGCCCUGCCAUCUCCCUCGGCAGGAGAGCCCUUUCCCUUCUCCCGCCGGGACGUCACCUGCUCGCAGGUUUUCUCCUCAGAUGAAAAGGAUUUCCCUUCUUUUUUUCCUCCCAAGCAGCUGCUCUCCCUCCACAUCUGCUCGCCGUCAGUCCCACGCUGUGCCGGCAGCCGAGACCGCUGCUCUCCCUGGGGAACCGUGGCCAGACUCGCUGAGCAGCCACAGCACGAUUGCCUGGCUCUAACUCCCGGAGGAAAAUCCUUAGGAGCGUUCAAACAGCAGCAGAACAGCAGGGGUUUGGAGCGCCCUGGCACGGGCUGUGGCACAUCCUGCUGCCACCAGCUCCUACGGCUUGUCCUGAAUCGCUGGGGAGCCAGCCCCGACCAGCCACUGGUGACACCCGUCCUGCUGCUUCCAGGCAAGUCACGCCAGAAGAAGGGGUGAUAGCAAGGAUGGGCGAUGGGAGGUGGGGGGUGCUGGGGACUUGGCCCCCACCCUCAUCCAAGCCAAAGGGAUGGGGCAGAGCAGGCGACAGCAUUUCCAGCUGUGGGGAAGAGCAGGGCAGCACGUGUCCCGCUUGUCCCUCCCCUGCGCCGCAGCCUGGGUAAGGGGUGACAAGGGGUGCAGUCCACGGUGGGGUGAGGGUGGCAGGUCUGUCCUGGCAACUUGCUCAGGACCCCCCUGGAACAGCCCCUCCAGCUCAGCAGACCCCCCGGGACUGAGGAGCCCUGACCCCUGCUCCUGCCGCGGCCCAGCUGCCCUCGGGGAGCGCGAGGGAAAGCCCAGGGGAGCGGGAGAAGGGUCCUCUUCCUGCCAGAGCACCCGGAGCAGUUUCUGUGCCAGACGCCAGAUUCUGUUCACAGGCUCUUGCUCCAGAGCCGAGCCGUGGGAACGCAAGCCUAUCAGGUGGAGAAAACAGCCGGAUCUCGCUCACCCUCCCCUUCCCAUCCCACCCCGGCAGUCGUGGAGCCUCCACCUCGGGCUACAAGCGGUGGGGGAGGCGAGGAUGAGCGUUACCCGAGACACCUGCUUUGGGGUCCCACCUUGCUCAGCCACAUACCCUGACUCAGUGCUCCGAAAGCACCAGCUCUGGGAGAAGUUUUCCCACGUCCCUGCUCGGGGCAUCCCAGGUCCUGGUGUGCCCCCUCAGCACCCCAAAAAGGGCUCAGUGCCAGGCUCAACACCUGCUCCCCAGCACAGCUCUUAGACACCAGCUCCGGGGACACAGCGCAGGGCUUGGGGACUUUCUGAGGAGCAAAGCUGAAUAUUUUCAGCAUUUAUUUGCUUUUAACCAUUUACUGCUCCUCUGAGGAGCCCGUGUCCGCGCACACGGAUGCACUGUUGCUCUUUGAGCACAGCCCCGCACCCGCUUCGUGCGGUGAAGCCGAACCCGGGCUGUGAGACCGCGCCGGCUGCUCUGCUGAUGCUGCAGGAAUGAAAACACAAGCAGCCUGUCACGCUCCAGUGAAGUACUGGAUGGGGGCGGCCGGGGCUUGGUGCAGCCGGAGCCCUCGGUAGGGACGAGGUGUCACAGCUGCAGGGACUUGGGGUGUUUCACAUCUGGGGGGGCGGCGAGGGAGUCACCUGUGAGGACAGCAGGGGAGAGGGGGCGUUGAGCCCCCUGCCUCCCAUGGGGGCUGGCGUUCGCAGCCCCCAGCAGCAGGGACAGCUCCAGACCUCACCCCAGUCCUGUCCGUGCAAGCCCUGCCAGGAGCAGCCGGGCUGAUGCGGGGGGAGAUGCCAGUUCCCGGCCGUACCACCAAAGGAGUCUCCAGCAGGAGCCCCUGGCCGGGACCGCUUCCUCUCUGUGCUGCUUUAAUGUUGCGAACACGGGAAGCCCGGGUUUCUAGCCCUGGGAAGGACCCGUGUCCAGCAGUGCAUGUGCCCAGGCCAGCGUUGUCCUGGCAAAUCCCCCCAGCAGUGACAUUUCUGGCAGCUCAGAGCCGUGGUCUGAAAUACCCCGUGUCCCCCUUUGCACCCAGAGGCUCUCCCGGGCUGCGAAUAACCGGGCUGCAGGUGAGGAGCAGGGGAAGCAGGGGACUGCCACCACAUCCCAAAGGCCACCGUGGUGGGACGCUUAGGGCAGGAGGAGACUCCCGAGGGGUGCCAGGGCACCCACAGCCAGCCCACUGCAGCCCACCUCAGGAGAAAGGGCAGGAGAGAGAAAUAUGGAGUGAGCAGGGGAGGGAACUGCAGCACAACGCUGGCAGUAAAACCAGCAACAUAAACCCUUCUGCUGGUUCAGUGCUGACUAAUAAACAGCAGCACCGUUGCUGCUGCGAGUAACAAAGUUUUCUUGCCCAGCCACUUAAUUUUAGUGGGAACUUGACCUCAUAUUGGGACUGCUCUGAAAAGCCUGGCGGGGCUGCUGGCAGUGUAACGAGAAACCGGAGCAAAUCGGCUGAUCCUGCGAGUGCUGGAGCGGCUCCGCUGCCACUUCACACACAGCCUGUCCCCAGGCAAGUGAGAUUGAUUCCAGCUCCCACCUGCCCGGCUGGAGCAGCAGGAACGGAUUUACUACAAAUGGGAGGUGAUGAGAAGCAGAAACCUGCCUGUCCCAAAGAGCUCCCCUGGAUGCCAGGAGGAGGGAUCUGAUCCCACAUUCCUUGGAGAAGGUUGCUUUGCUGUGGGGCUGCCUCAGCUGGGGCUCUCACAGGGGUGUUUGCAGUGGGUCACUCUUUUAAGAAACUGCCAGUCCUAACACCUGCAUGGACCCCCCAAAACCUGUGAGAAACCAAGUCCCCUUCCCCUCCCUGCCACUGCCUUCCCCCCUGUGCAGACAAGGAGCCCCAGCUUCCCACCGUGUCGACCUCGGACCAAGCCUGGCUCCUGGCACUGUGAUGGCCAGUGCUUGAUAGCCAAACCCUGCUCUGAUGGGCAGGGAGAGGCUGGGUUUGGACCUGGAGCCUUCAUGUUCCACCUCUAGAACUCCUGACAUCAGCACCAAAGCUGCCUUGGACUCCUUUAAAAUAACCAUCUCCUAAUGAACCCCACUGUCUGACUCUGGAGGGCUUCCCUGACUCUGUCCCGACAGGAAGAGCUUUGUUUUUGAUGAAGACUCCACGGUCCCUUCCCUCCUGGACCCCCACAGACACAGGUGACCUGUGCAGCCAGCAAUGCCCAGCCAGCCCCACCCCCUGCACCGGCAGCUCUGAGGCUCCGGAUCUGUGCUGCUGCUUUCGAGCUGGGUUUGACUCUCACAUCUCAGGGGGUUGUUUCAGCCCUUGCUGUGAACAAGACGACUCCAGACCUCUCAGGGAGAAACCUCCAUCCCCUCUGCUGGGGCUGCACCAGCUGCACGCUCUGCCCAGGGCUGCUCCAAGGGGGAAUCUCCAGCAAGACACGAGCAAAGGGCAGAGCCGACCCCAAACCAGCCUUCCUGCUGCUAAGUCUGAAACAAGAGCUGCUGCUUCCCGACCCAAGGACACCUCUGCCCUUCCCUGCCAGCCUCUGUCCCCCAGGCUCACACCCGUGUCUCCUGCUGGAUUUCAGCCCUCUCCCUCCUUGCUUCAAGACCCGGACUACAAAAAGCCAGGGCAGGACAGCCAGGCUGCAGCUUCCUGACCAGAAGGAGAGGAAGGAUGACGAGGCUGGGCACCCUGGCCAGGAGGGAAGGGGCAGGUGAUUGUACAUAGAUGUAGAUACUAGACAUGCAAAAGGUUUUAUGAUACUGACACUGUGGAGACACUGCAGCCUGUGUUCUGCUGUGGCUGCAGAACAGCCCCUCCUUGUGCACACAGGAGCGAGUCAGACCCAGCCCCUCGGGGGUCCCCUGGCUCCCCCCCACAUGCCAGGCAGCUGGUGGCACCAUGCACAAGGCAGGAGGGACCCCAGAGGCUGCUCCCACAGUGACAGGAGACUUCUGCAGGGUGAGGCAAGGGGAGAUUUGGUCUCUACUAAAUGCAAGAGCCCUUCCCUGACAAGCUGGGA